AUGCCCACAUCCGAUAAAACCACGGUGCCGAACAAAGAAACUUCUAACCCAAUUGCCAAAGAUGAUCAAAUCGAGAUUCUAGUUUACCAAGCAGCCGUGGAAUCUCAAGCAGCCCUGUCAACGGCACGGAGGCUAAUCGAGAUUUUCAACAACUUGUUGCGGAAUGUGAGAGACCCAGGCGAGCGACCAAGGCUUUCUGCGCAUUUUGGUAGAUGCGUAACAUCUAAUGGGCUGCUGUGGAGAAUUGGAUCUUCCAAAUCUCGCGGCAUUAGUGCAGGACAGGCCGCCCAAGAAUGCUACGACUCGAUGCCCUAUGUUACCGAUAUCAACAACCCGGAUGGCGAAAGAAAGAGACGGAUAAUGGGUUGUAAAGAUGUGACGGAAAAAAUCGAUGAGAUGGAAACGGAGACCUACAAAUGGUUUACAGACCUCAGUGGAGACUGGCAGAACUUUCUUGGCUACUGGCCACCAAGUUCAGAGGUAGAUGAAAUGCGGGCACUUUAUGGUCACUGUAUUGCGAAGUUCUUAGCCUUUUGGCAAGCCAUCCGCAACGCGAAUCAAGAAGCGCCAGAAGUGCCAAGUAUCUCGCCUUGUACGGAGACAGUGUCAUUGAUCCCAACCGUUCCUGACGGCACGAGAAAAGACGCUGCAUUACCACGGAUUUGGGAGGGAAUCCGGGAAGACUUUGCGCUCUAG